UACUUCUUCACAACUCAAACUUGAAGCAGCACUGACAAGUUCUUUCGAUCAUAUAUAACCAAUAUAUACUCCUUUUGAAGCUAGCUUCUAAUUCUCUAUCCCCUACUAUACACCCUCAAAUGGCAACUUCCUCAGUCAUGCAGUCCAUUCUGGUGAGCCCGGUGACCGGUGUCGCGAAGGGGGCGGGUUUGAGUCCGACGAUUCCUCGCGGCUGCUAUUUGCCGAGGCAGGGGAGAAAUUCCGGCAUGCUUGUGCGUUGCAUGGCUAAGGAUGGUCAGAAAGAGGAAGGUGGAUCUCCCGUAAAGGCUACGGUGGCUAAGGCCAAGACCGAUUUCUUCGACCUGUUAGCAUUCAGCGGGCCGGGACCGGAGAGAAUCAACGGCAGGCUCGCCAUGGUUGGCUUCGUUGCGGCGAUUGCCGUGGAGCUAUCCAAGGGCGAGGAUGUGUUUGCCCAAAUAUCCAACGGUGGGAUCCCAUGGUUCCUGCUGAUCACCGGUGUGCUGUCCGUAGCGUCUCUGAUCCCACUGUCCAGCGGAGUGAGUGUGGAGUCAAAGUCAAAGCCGUUCUGGAGCUCCGAUGCUGAGAUGUGGAACGGGAGAUUUGCUAUGCUGGGUUUGGUUGCAUUGGCCCUCACCGAGUUUAUCAAGGGUGGGGCCCUUGUGUAGGUCGUGUUUAGAUGGAAAUUAUCAAGAUGGUGUCACACUUGUAGUUUGACCCAAAAAUAAAAAAGUAAAGUUGUAGUGAUGCUACUAAUAUUUGGAUGAAAUAUAUAUACGUUGCUGCUUUUUGACGAA